AUGGCGGUCACUCAGGAUCCUCCUCGUGAGGAUGAUCGUAUCGCGCAGCAGCAGCAGCAUGCCGACCAGGACAAGGGCGUCCUGGUAGAUGCGGAGAAGAUGUCACCAUCUGAUGUUGGCUCUUCGUCCAGAGAUGGUUCGGAGAAGCCCGACCCUGUCGGGUCGCCCUCACAGACAUCAACAGAACAACCAUCUCCUGAAGAGACUGGAGAUGUGUCCGACGAGAAAGCUGGCGCUGGUGCGCCGUUGGAUAGAGUGCCGUCGCAGGCGCAGAAGCUAGGGAAGAAGAAGAUUGUCGUUGUCAUGACUGCGCUUUGUCUUGUCUUGUUCCUAGCAGCUUUGGAUAUGACUAUCGUGUCUACAGCCCUACCUACUAUCGCAACGCAUUUUCACGCUUCCGAGAGCGGUUACUCAUGGAUCGCGUCAUCAUACAUGUUGGCCAACGCCGCCUGUGUUCCCUUAUGGGGCAAGAUCAGUGAUGUCUGGGGUCGCAAGCGCAUCAUUCUUAUCGCCAACUUCCUUUUCCUCGUCGGCAGUCUGAUUUGCGCGCUGGCCAUUAACCUCCCCAUGAUCAUCUCCGGCAGAGCCAUUCAAGGUGCAGGCGGCGGUGGUAUCAUCGUGCUUGCCAAUAUCUGCGUCUCCGAUCUCUUCAGUGUCAGAGAACGCCCCAUGUACUAUGGUCUCUUCGGCUCCACAUGGGCCAUCGCCGGAGCACUGGGCCCUAUCGUCGGCGGUGCCUUCACUACAGAUGUAACCUGGCGCUGGUGCUUCUACAUCAACCUCCCUAUCGGCGGCGUCUCCUUCGUCAUCCUCGUCUUCUUCCUCAAGAUUGAAACUGGCAAGGUGCCCUUCUGGGCUGGCAUCCGCUCCAUUGACUGGACCGGUAACAUGCUCAUGCUCGGCGGCACACUAAUGUUCCUCUUCGGUCUCGAAUUCGGCGGCGUCAACUACCCCUGGGACUCACCAACAGUAAUUUGCCUCAUCGUCUUCGGCGUCUUCACCUGGGGCCUCGCCGUUCUCAACGAAUGGAAAUUCGCUCGCUACCCCGUUAUCCCCAUCCGCCUAUUCAACAACACCCACAACGUCCUGAUGCUCCUCCUCUGUUUCUGCCACAGCAUGGUCUUCAUCUCCGGCUCCUACUACCUACCUCUAUACUUCCAAACCGUCCUCCUCGCCAGCCCCAUCAUGUCCGGCGUCUACGUCCUCCCCACCGUUCUCAGUCUUUCCAUCUUCUCCGCCGCCACCGGCUUCGUCAUCAAAAAGACCGGCCGAUACCGCGAACUCAUCAUUUCCGGCUUCGCCCUCAUGACCCUUGGCUACGGCCUCCUCAUCGACCUGAAGUACUACGCCUCCUGGCCCCGCAUCAUCAUCUACCAGAUCAUCGGCGGUAUCGGUACCGGCCCGCUCUUCCAGUCCCCGCUUGUCGCUCUACAAGCCAACAUCCACCCCUCCGAUAUGGCCGCCGGAACAGCUACCUUCGGUUUCCUGCGCCAGGUGUCUGCCGCCAUCUCCAUCGUCUUGGGAACAGUCAUCUACCAGAACGUCUUCCACGAGCAAAUGCCCAAAGUCGCUGCCGCGAUCGGCGAGGCGAAGGCCACGUCCAUCGAGAACUCGUUCUCAGGAUCUGCUAGCACGCUGAUCAAGUCCCUGGGCAGCGCUCAGAAGACGGUCGUGUUGAAAGCGUAUACGUUGGCAUUGAGUCGCAUGUGGAUCUUCUAUACUGCGAUGGCCGGAUUAGGACUUAUCAUAAGUCUGUUUAUAAGGCCUGUCGUGCUGAGUAAAUCGCAUACCAUUGCAAAGACCGGUCUCGCAGAGCAGGAAAAGGCCAGACAGGCAGUUUUGGAGGAUCAGAAAAGGCAGAGGGGGGAGGAAGAGAAAGAGGCGAAGGAGGCAGUUUAA